UGCCCCGCGCCCUUCUCUCUCUUCCGGCGCCAAGAUGUCGAAGCGAGGACGCGGCGGUUCCUCCGGUGCGAAGUUCCGCAUCUCCCUCGGUCUCCCGGUGGGAGCUGUGAUCAACUGCGCGGACAACACAGGUGCUAAGAACCUGUACAUCAUCUCCGUGAAGGGGAUCAAGGGGCGCUUGAACAGGCUGCCGGCGGCUGGUGUGGGCGACAUGGUGAUGGCUACAGUCAAGAAGGGCAAGCCGGAGCUGAGGAAGAAGGUCCACCCGGCAGUGGUUAUUCGGCAGCGGAAAUCGUACAGGAGAAAAGAUGGGGUGUUCCUCUAUUUUGAAGACAAUGCAGGAGUGAUAGUAAAUAAUAAAGGUGAAAUGAAAGGCUCUGCAAUCACAGGCCCUGUGGCUAAGGAGUGUGCGGAUCUGUGGCCCAGGAUAGCCUCAAACGCAGGAAGCAUCGCAUAAACGCGUUCAUCUCGUAGAGAUAAAAUAAAAGUCCUUGUACCAACUAA